AAAUCCUCACUUCAAACCUCGAAGGGAAAAUUAUAAAACACUAGGAAAAGGAGAAAUCAAAAUUCGGAAGAGCGGGGUUUGAGAGGAGCAGCUUCCCGAACAAGAACAACCAUCAACUAUGGAGCUUGACGACUGGGACUUGAGCGCAGAGGAUCUUGAUUCUCUCGAAAAAGACGCUUUCCAAAAGAUUGCUCAACUACGCAACUCCUCUUGCUCUGCUUCUGUUUCUUCUUCUUCCACUUCUUCCAACACUCAACAAUUAACUGUACAACAACAGCAUUCUGCAAAACCUCGUUGCAACGACUUGGAACGAUCCCCUGCAAAACCCGUUUCUGAUUCUCGUCCUGAAAGAGUUGAAGCUUUGUCUCCACAGUCUAGAGCGUUACCCUCGUCGCUAAAAUCAGGAACAAACAGCGAUGAUCAUUCAAAAGAAAUGCCAAAGGUUUCUGUCAAACUCUUUCUUCAUUCCAGUGGAGACAUUGCAGCAAAGUUUCAAUAUAACCAGGCAGUAAUAGCUGCUAUAAGGAGAGUCCCCAAGUCCACUUGGAAUGCAAAAGAAAGGUUAUGGAUGUUCCCACUAUCUUCCUUGUCAGCAGCAGACAAGGUUCUUGCUGAAAUUUCUGGUAAUAAUGUUCAGGUUGAUAGCCUAGAUCCCCUAGUGCAUCGGGCCAUUGCCGCUGCAUCUGCUGUUCCUGAUCUUCGAGAUCGAUAUGACCAUAUCCCUACCUACAUUGAAUCAAAACUUUUGCCAUUUCAGCGAGAGGGGAUUAGGUUUAUAUUGCAGCAUGGAGGGCGGGCUCUUUUAGCUGAUGAAAUGGGACUAGGGAAAACUUUGCAGGCCAUUGCUGUAACUUCAUGCGUUUCUGAGUCAUGGCCUGUGCUUAUACUUGCACCAUCUUCAUUGCGGUUGCAAUGGGCUUCUAUGAUUCAACAGUGGCUGGAUAUUCCUUCAUCAGAUAUACUUGUUGUGCUAUCUCAAAGUGGCGGAUCAAAUAAAGGAGGCUUCACUAUAGUAUCUUCUAAUGCAAAAAGCAGCAUCCAUCUAGAUGGACUGUUCAACAUCAUCUCGUAUGAUUUGGUUCCAAAGCUACAGAACAUGCUUAUGGCAUCUGACUUUAAGGUUGUGAUUGCAGAUGAGUCACACUUUCUAAAAAAUGCUCAAGCAAAGAGAACUACUGCUUCUCUUCCAGUUAUAAAGAAAGCUCAAUAUGCAAUAUUGCUUAGUGGAACUCCUGCUUUGUCCCGACCAAUUGAACUAUUCAAGCAGCUGGAAGCAUUGUAUCCUGGUGUUUAUAAAAACGUCCAUGAAUAUGGUAACAGAUACUGCAGGGGUGGAUUAUUUGGACUCUACCAAGGUGCAAGUAACCAUGAAGAAUUGCACAAUUUGAUGAAGGCAACAGUGAUGAUUCGCAGGCUUAAAAAGGACGUUCUUUCUCAACUUCCUGUGAAGCGCAGGCAACAGGUCUUCCUAGAUUUGGAUGCCAAGGACAUGAGGCAAAUCAAUGCUUUAUUUCGGGAGUUGGAGGUUGUUAAAGCCAAAAUUAAGGCAGCCAAAUCAAAAGAUGAGGCUGAAACGCUUAAGUUUACUCAAAAGAAUCUUAUUAACAAGAUAUAUACUGAAUCUGCUGAAGCCAAGAUCCCAGCGGUUCUUGAUUACAUUGGAACUGUUGUUGAGGCAGGUUGCAAGUUUCUGAUAUUCGCACACCAUCAGCCAAUGAUAGAUUCAAUACAUGAUUUUCUAAUUAAAAAGAAGGUGGGUUGCAUCCGCAUUGAUGGCAACACAGCCCCUGCAUUUAGGCAAGCGUUGGUUACAGAUUUCCAGGAAAAGGAUUCUAUUAAGGCAGCUGUGCUGUCUAUCAAAGCUGGAGGAGUUGGGUUAACUUUAACUGCUGCAAGCACUGUCAUUUUUGCGGAACUGUCCUGGACCCCAGGUGACCUAAUUCAAGCAGAAGAUCGGGCUCAUAGAAUUGGCCAGGUAUCUUCAGUGAACAUAUACUACUUGCUAGCGAAUGAUACAGUUGAUGACAUCAUAUGGGAUGUAGUGCAGAGCAAAUUGGAAAAUUUGGGACAGAUGUUAGAUGGCCAUGAGAACACCAUGGAGGUUGCAGCCAAUCAGCCAGGGAAUAGCCCUGCAAAGCAGCAAACUCUUGACCCCUUUGUGAAAAGAUGUAAUAACAUGGAUGAGCCAGAACAGCAGCCCAACCCGAAACGCCCCCGACCCUAACCCACAAGUUCUGCAAAAUGGCGUUAAUGGAUUCUUGUACAUACGUGUAUGCUUUGGCUGUCUGCUUUGAGUCUCUUGAAGGUCAUGUAAGCUGUGGUAAUAUAAUUUGUCCAAAAGUUUUUUAUAUCAGAGUAAAGGGAAGGCCUUCUGAAGCAGAUGCAGCUAAAAUCUAUGUACAAGGAGGCUUGGAUAAGUAGGUUGUUAGAAUAAUCAUUCAAUGCAUGUUGCUGGAGUUGAAGAUUAGCUUCGAGAAACGUUGGAUGGACAUAGUA